AAAAUGGAUGAAGGAAAUCAGUCUGCAGUAUCAGAAUUUGUACUUUUGGGAAUGUGCCACUCACAGAAUACACAAGUCUUUCUGUUCGUGAUAUUUUUGAUGCUAUACAUAAUCAUUGUAUCUGGAAAUGCUGUCAUCAUGAUAUUAAUUGUCACUGACUCCCAUCUACAUUCCCCCAUGUACUUCUUUUUGGCCAACUUAUCUUUUGUUGAUAUGUGGCUUUCCUCAGUGACAACUCCUAGGAUGAUCACAGAUUUUCUCAGAGAUAACAAGACUAUUUCCUUUGAAGGUUGCAUGUGUCAGAUUUUCUUUGCCCACUGCAUUGCAGCAGGCGAGAUGGUGCUGCUAGUGGUCAUGGCCUAUGACCGCUAUGUGGCCAUCUGCAAACCACUGCAUUACUCUACCAUCAUGAGCUGGGGAAAGUGCACUGAGCUGGUGUUAACUUCCUGGAAUAUUGGUCUUGUGCAUGCCUUGAGUCAUCUGGUUGUGAUUGUGAAACUACCUUUCUGUGGGCCCAGGGAAAUAGACAGCUUCUUCUGUGACAUACCACUGGUUAUCAAGCUGGUCUGCAUGGAAUCUUACAAUCUGGACAUUUUAAUGAAUGUUGAUUGUGGUUUUGUGGGUGUAACCUUCUUUGCUCUAUUGCUGAUCUCCUACACAUACAUUCUUCUCACUGUCCGCCAAAGCUCUAAAACAGGUGCUUCCAAGGCACUGUCCACCUGCACUGCCCACAUCACAGUGGUGGUGAUCUUCUUUGUGCCCUGCAUCUUCAUCUAUGUGUGCCCACUAAACAUCACAUGGCUAGACAAAUUUCUUGCUGUGUUUUAUUCUGUUUUUACUCCUCUCUUAAAUCCAGCCGUAUAUACACUGAGAAAUAAAGAGAUGAGAAAUGCUAUGAAAAGAUUAAGGAACAUUUACAUGAGUUUCCAGGAAAAUACUUAA